UGGCGGCGGGCUCCAGACGCGUCCUUAUCUGGCCCAGAGGGGAGGAUGUGGUCAGCGCUGGGGGGGCUUUGUUGACGGCCUGACUGGUUGCUGCCGCCGUUGUUGCGGCAUGGAGCCCAUUGUUACCGCAGGGAUCGCAAACCUCACUCCCCUUGGGGGAGGUAUAAGAACAGUAGCCCGACGUACUUUUGUAGACAUUAUUUGGACCGACUUCCCUGACCGAGCAGCGAUGAAUUCUUGCCAGGAGAGUCAGUCUGACUUGGAGGUGAUUUUAGAAUUCCUGGAGGAGUACCAUAGACAAAACUCAGAAAACAAUGGUGUGCAAGAGGAUGGAACCAGUGUGGACAAUUACACUUGGGAGCAAUGCUGGAGGCCUUGUGAGCGACCUAGCAUCCCAAGUGGCCCUCAGGCGGCGCCUUGCGAGCCCCCUGCUGCCUCUGUGACGACAAGACAAUUAAGCACACAUCAAGCCACGGCAGCGGGCAGCGGUCGAAAGGUUCGUCUGUUUCACUUCCUCUUCGAGAUGCUGGAGGACCCCGCCAUGGCCCACUGCGUAUCCUGGGUGCCGUCAUCCUCGGGCGUCUUCCGCUUCUCCGCCCACAACAAGGACCAGCUGGCGGCGCUGUGGGGCCAGAGGAAGGGCAACAAGCGGCCAAUGACGUACCAGAAGAUGUCGCGUGCCCUGAGGAACUACGCCCGCUCCGGCGAGAUCUUCAAGGUGAAGAAGAAGCUCACGUACCAAUUCAGCGAGCACACCCUGAUGCUGCUGCACAAGCGUCACGCCGGAGAUCUGUAAUGCAAACCGCAGCUGAACACUCACUGGAGUUUAUAUCUUAUGUUAUCGUGUGCAAAACACGUUUGUCAUCAAAAAUAAAGCUUUUACAUUAAAAGCACGUCUAGCCCCACCUCCAUAAAAAGAAC